GGAAGUGUGACGUCAAUAAGAAGCGACGGUGAGCAGGCCUACGAAAUCAAUACACAAAAAUAGGACGGGGGAGAAAUAAGGUUUUUGUUGUUUUUGGUUAAAUAAAUCCGUUUGAUUCAACGCUAUGCCGAAAGUGAAAAGGAGCAGGAAACCACCUCCGGAUGGCUGGGAGUUGAUUGAACCGACAUUGGACGAAUUAGACCAAAAAAUGAGAGAAGCCGAGACGGAGCCUCACGAGGGAAAGCGGAAGGUGGAGUCCCUGUGGCCGAUAUUCAGACUGCAUCAUCAGAGGAGCAGAUAUAUCUUCGACUUGUUCUACAAGAGGAAGGCCAUCAGCAGAGAGCUGUAUGACUAUUGUAUAAAGGAGAGUUAUGCUGAUAAGAACCUGAUCGCUAAGUGGAAGAAGCAGGGAUACGAGAACCUGUGCUGCCUUCGCUGCAUCCAGACACGAGACACCAACUUUGGAACCAACUGCAUCUGUAGAGUUCCCAAGAGCAAGCUGGAGGUGGGGAGGAUUAUAGAGUGCACCCACUGUGGCUGCCGAGGCUGCUCGGGCUGAAUCGUCAGGAUCAUCGCCUGCCUGUUCUACUCUGGCUCGUCUGGUCAGGUCUGGAUCGCCUGGCUGUUUUGCUGUGGGGAUCGUCUCGCCUGGCCUGGUCGUUCUGUUCUGGAUCAUCAGUUAUUUUCUAUGGGACAUCAGGGCUCAUCUACUCCACCUGUGUGCUUCAUUACCCUGGAGUGUCUAAUCUCAAAUACACCCCUACUCUCUACCCCCCUACUCUCUACCCCCCCCCCACUCUCUAGCCCACUACUCUCUGCCCCCUACUCCCUACUCUCUGCCCCCCUACUCUCUACCCCCCUACUCUCUACCCCCCUACUCUCUACCCCCCUACUCUCUAGCCCCCUACUCUCUAGCCCCCUACUCUCUAGCCCCUACUCUCUACCCCCCUACUUUCUAGCCCCUACUCUCUACCCCCCUACUCCCUACUCUCUAGCCCCUACUCUCUACCCCCCUACUCCCUAGUCUCUCUGCCCCCUACUCUCUGCCCACUACUCUCUAGCCUCUACUCCCCGUAUAGGGGUGUCUUUGUGAUUGGGCAAGGUUAUUGUUACCAUUCCAGCUGUUUAGUACACACGGUGGCCAUUAUUAAGUGCUAUUGUACCUCAUUUACAAUGAAGAGGGCUGUGGGAGAGGGAAGGGUGGGAUGGGAGCCUUUUUCUGCUGUUGAACAUGUCAUUGCUUUCAACCCGAUGAAUCUUGUUUUGUUUGUACCUUUUUUUAUAAUUUCAAUUAAAACUCUCUUGUUUUAAAUAA